GUUGGCCUUUAUGGACCACAGGUUUUUCUUGUGGAUGCAAUUUGUGCUUCCAGGCUUUCUCUAACUCCAUCUACAGUCCAUUUAUAACCAACUUUCACUCCAGCUUCUCCAUUCUCACUUCUCACCCUCUACACAUGCCAUUGCCCUCUCUCUUCAGCAUUGAGCUGUUGUGAGGGAAAUUCUGGCUGGUAUCAUUUUAUUCUUGUCUUGAUCUUUCCCAUGGCACUUAAUGCAAGCAAGGUUUCGAGCAGCCCUUUUGUGACUCAAAGGAAACUUACCUCUACAUCUCAUGGAAUCAUAUGUUCCUUUUCCAAGUCAUUCCAAAAAAAUAAACUACACCCUACUCAUCAAGGAAUUGAGCUUCAACAACUGAGCAGUAAGCAUCUCUUGACAGCAAAAUUGGCCUUCUCUGGUGAGAGUUUGCAGGGCAUACAUGGAAAACCAGUUAGUCUCAUCAUCUCUCGCAGAUCUUCCACAUUAUGCCAGUCAACAAGAACUCAUAGAACUGAAGAAAAAGAAUGUACUAGACCAUACAGUGACAGUUCUGAUUCAUCCAGGGCACAAGUUGGAGAAAAGGAAGAUGAGCAUCAACUCAUGUCUGGGAGAACUAUUCACUCAUGUCAUGCUUUAGCUGAAGCAUGUAGAUUUGUAUAUAAUGAUGCCAAGUUUGUAAAUGAAAGGGCUCGCAACGACAUUAUUUUACUUUCACGUGGGAUAUCAAGGCUGGAUGCUCGUGCACGUAAAGGUGUUGCGAUUCUUGGGUCUGGGUUUCUUAAACUCGAUGCUCGAGCAAGAGAGGACACUGAGAAAAUUGACCGUGAUGUGAAGGAAAAGGCUGAGCGUCUUCAUCACAUUGCUACUAUCAUAAAGGACAGAGCUCAAACCAAAUUGAAAACUGCUGCUGACAAGCAUUGGAGUGAUGGAGCCUUGGAGGCUGAUUUGCGCCUUGCUGACUUUCGCGCCAAGCAACGUGCAAUGGAAGAUGCUCUAAUGGCGUUGGAGUUUGUCAAAAAUAUCCAUGACUUGAUGGUGAGCAAGAUGUACAAAUUCCCGCUGCGUAAGGAGGAAGGUUCACUAACUGCUAAUGGCAUACUGGAAAAUAUAAUGCUUGAGAAAAAUGGUAGGACACUGGACUUCUUCCCUGGAGAAGUAUCAACAGAUCGCAUUACUGCUAUUCAGGAAGCUUACUGGAGUAUGGCAUCUGCGCUCUCUGAAGCUGAUGGAAUUGACUAUACAGAUCCUGAAGAGCUCGAGUUGUUGGUUACAACUCUUAUAGAUCUUGAUGCAAUGGAUGGUAAGGGUAGUGUAUCGUUAUUGGCAGAAUGUUCAAAUUCUCCAGAUGUCAACACAAGACAAGCACUGGCCAAUGCGUUGGCAGCAGCCCCAUCCAUGUGGACUCUUGGAAAUGCAGGCAUGGGAGCCUUACAGAGACUGGCAGAAGAUAAAAACCCAGCCAUUGCCAAUGCAGCAUCCAAAACUAUCCAUGAGCUGAAGAAACAGUGGGAAAUACAGGAAGGAGAUAGUUGGAGGUUCAUGAUGAAUCAAAAACCAGUUGAAGAAGUAGAUAGCCAAGAAGACAAUAACGAUGCAGAUACAGGCUGACAAGUACUCAGACACAUAUACUGUAGAUAUCUACAUGUAGGCUUAAAUAGUUGCAGGCUAACCCUUGUCACCAGAAAGUGAUGGGUGCUAUUGCAAUGUAAAAGGCUGUCUUGUUCUCUAACUGUGCCUUGUUUUUAUCAUGUCUAAGCUGUGCUUAACUUUUCAUAUUUCAUAUGAAUGAUCUAUGAGAAUUCAAAGACAAAGUUCUUCUUAA